UUUCUUUUAUUUAUUUAUUUUCAGCUCUAAUUUGACGUGAGAGAUAUUACAACAUCUAAUAACUUGGACGUCGAAUCCACUUGGGAUGAACCAAAAUCCGGGAUGGAUUCAGAACGCAGGUGGCUUCUGGGUAAACCCUUCCUUUGGCUUUGGCUUGUUGAAUGCUAUGGAAUUAAUAAACGCCGCUCGACCGACUAAAUGGAAAACUGUACCAAAACAACAUAUCUGUAAAACCGCCACGACCGAAUCCAACAAGAAACUUGAAGACGGUGGAGAAGUGAAUAUUUUGGUUUCGAGUGAUCGAUGUGAAAACAGCUCAAAUGAAGUGAUGUAUUUAGAACAUAUACAAGUUGUUAUGAAUAUCGAUCAUACUCACAGAGGAGACUUGGAAAUCUGGGUUAUAUCACCAAGUGGGACCAGGACGAACUUGUUGCAGAAGAGACCAAAAGAUUCAUCACCAGAAGGAUUUAAGAAUUGGUCAUUUAUGUCGGUACAGACGUGGGGAGAAGAUCCUUUAGGAAUGUGGAAACUUAUUGUUAAGGACACUGAAUUAUUUCCAAAUUCAUCUGGUAUUGUGAAGAAUGUAACCUUUGUGUUCUAUGGAACCUCUGAAGCACCUGACCAUGUUAUCAGAGCAGGAGGACAACGUCUCUAUCCUACGGAUAUGAUUCCGAUCGCACCGACGUCGUCUGACGAAUUUCUCAAACUUUCAACAGCGGAACUCAACUCAAUACUGAACACACCAACCAGAGUCAGCGGGACAGAGUAUGCACCAACAUACAGCGCGAAAGUACGGACCAAACUGGAAUCGGCACGCUAUAAGUAUCUGCUGAGACAACUCAAAGAAAAAGAAGCGGAACAGGAAAGGAGGUGGCAGCGACAACGGGACAGACAACUGAGGAAAUGGAAGAACCAAUACGACCGGUAUUCCUACUACUAAAAAAUAGAUAAACUGGAAUCACAGAAUAUAGUGAUCAUAUGGCGAAUGAACAGUCUAAUCAAGAAUAAUCAGAGAAUAUACAGAACAGCAGAAUAACAUAAUAAUAGUAUAAGGGGGGUGGCUGGUAAAUGUUGGUUUAUAAAGCUCCUCAUAUAUAUCUUCCAUACAGUUCUUUUAUUCUUAUAAUUAUGUUGUUUUAUUUUGUUUUGUUUUUCUGUUGAUUUAUUUGUUUAUUCCUUUUAUUGUUCUUAGUUUGCAAUUUGCAAUAAAGCUGUUAAAAAUAUC